CCUCGAGGGUAGUCGUCAGUUGCCCAGAACUUCCGACGCCAACGCCGGUAACGGGAUUUUUCGCCUCAAAAACAGUUUCGUGUUUCAGGUUUAACGGCGCGCCCGUCGUCCGUCAAAGCGGCGUCGACGUAGUCGCUGUCGCAUCCCAGCAAAAAAAAAACAAAAAAAACCGAUAGAAGACCGAUAGUUUUCCCCCAAACAAAAGACUGCAAUCUGCCUUAACCGGAGAAGGAGAAUUGGUGGAUGAGGAACCGAAGCAGAAGGAGUCCAGAUCCAGAUCCAGAAAAAAGAAUCUGAAUCCGGCACGAUCCGGCAACCGGUGGUGUGUGGUCCAUACGCGCCAUGAGUUCAUUCAUCGAGCUGCUGGGACUGUUUCUGCUGCUGAUGUUGCCCUUCCUAUACGAGACGAAUCACAUUUUUCGCUAUUAUUUUAAAUUCCUCAUCUACUACGGCAUCGUGUCAUUCAACUCGAUCGUGCUCAUACCAGCCUUCCUCACACGCCCCUGCGAUGUGCGCAAUCUGCUAUGGGCCAGCACCUGGUGUCAUCGCGUGACAGCGCUGAUUGGGCUGCGCUGGGAGCUGCGUGGCAAGGAGCAUUUGGCCAAGGACCAGGCCUGCAUCAUUGUGGCCAACCAUCAGAGCUCGCUGGAUGUGCUGGGAAUGUUUAACAUUUGGCAUGUGAUGAACAAAUGCACGGUGGUGGCCAAGCGGGAGCUAUUCUAUGCCUGGCCGUUCGGCCUGGCCGCCUGGCUGGCCGGACUCAUAUUCAUCGAUCGCGUGCGGGGCGAGAAGGCGCGCGAGACCCUGAAUGCGGUCAAUCGACGCAUUAAGCAGCAGCGCAUUAAGCUGUGGGUAUUCCCAGAGGGGACGCGUCGCAACACCGGCGAGCUGCAUCCAUUCAAGAAGGGCGCCUUCCACAUGGCCAUUGAGGAGCAGAUACCCAUACUGCCCGUGGUGUUUAGCUCCUAUUGCACAUUCCUCAACGACAAGAAGAAGAUACUCAACGCUGGACGGAUCGUUAUCACCACACUGCCGCCGGUUAGCACCGAGGGCCUGACCAAGGACGACAUUGAGUCGCUCAUGGAGCGUGUACGCGCCCAGAUGAUUGAAACAUUCAAGCUAACCUCUGCGGAGGCCCUGGAGCUGCGCUACAAUCCGCUCAAGUCCUCAGCGCUAACACCAUUAUCAGCAGCGUCGGAAGGAGUGCCGCCGCCAGGGGCAGAGGCUGCGGCUGUGGCUGCUGCUGCCAGCAGCAGUUCGAUCUAUGCGCCGCUUCAUGUGGGAGCCGCAGCGGCAGCAUCGGCCAGCUACGAGACGUACACGAGCAGCGCCACAGCCGCCAAGGCAAGCAUGCUUAAAACUCUCUAGAUGUAGAGGUUGAAUGCUGCGCAAACGAAGCUAUUCAAGCCGAUUUCCGAUAGGAUAUAUCCAGCUUUUAAUAUAAUCCCACACUUGACACACAC